AUUCUAGGAGCCAGCGUGAAUCCUGCUCUGGUCGAACGUCGAACUGACUAUAAAUAAAAUCCCCCACCAAGCCUCGGAAAUCCGUACACAUUCUUUCAGCGCUUAGGAACCAAUAUCAAACCGCUAUAAAAUACAUACAUUAGUCGCGUGGUUUCAGUUUAGUUUAUCUGUAAGCAUAAGCGAAUACCUGCAUAACCACGUUCAAUAAUUCAAGUAGUUGCUAACAGUAAUUUUUGAGUGAAAAUGGCAACAGGAAGGAACGAGCCUGUGACACCUGAGUCCCCAGGAACUGUGGAAGUGAAAAAUGCAUAUUUCAACAGUAUCUAUGAAAAGUUUGACAAGAACCAUAACGGAACUUUAGAAGAAGAAGAACUCAGGGAAAUGCUGAAACAUGAUGGAAAAAUACAAGACAUGAUUGUACAAAGCAUAUUUAUUGAUUCUGACAAAAAUAACGAUGGUCACAUUAGUCACGAUGAGUUCAUUGCUAUGGUACAGAAUGAGAAGUUUAGGGACAAGUUCGACAAAUAUAUCAACGUGUACAUCAAGCACGUACUUCCAAGACGUCGCAAAAGAGGUAAAUAUGCAGAUGCCAACUAUGAGGAACAGUACAAAUGUUGGCCUUUACCCUUCGGUAUGGUGCUGAUUUCUAUCCUGCAGAUAACUUGUUUUGUGGCAGACCAAUAUACAGAAAAAGGCCAAGAAAGCAUAUCAUCCCAUCUCAUUUACGACCCUACGAAGAGGUUGGAGAUGUGGAGAUAUCUCACAUAUAUGUUCGUUCAUAUUGGAGUGGAGCAUCUCACAGUCAACCUAUGCGUGCAGCUUCUUCUAGGGAUCCCAUUGGAGAUGGUUCACAAGUGGUGGAGGGUAGUACUUGUCUAUUUAGCUGGGGUACUUGCAGGAUCGCUUUGUAGCUCCGUAACUGAUCCAGAUGUGAACCUUGCCGGCGGUAGUGGAGGAGUUUAUGCUAUUCUCACGGCACACAUCGCCACUAUACUUAUGAUUCACACCCUUCGCAUAUUAUUAAGGAACGCCCUGUAUAUAUUACCUGACCUAAGAAGACGAAUUAUGGGUUCAUUCAAACCAUAAGUCACAUUAAGUGGAAUGUUUGCUAACUGUUGAGGACGAUUCAUAUGACCAUUGGUAAUUUGUGCAAGGAAAAACUGGCGUGAGAUGUCAUUUCCCUGCAUUCAACUAUUCAUCUACCUCACAGUAAUAGUGGGCGACCUGGCAAUGUCCAUCUACCAACGCUGUUGGCUCCGAAGAUCAAAUGGAGUAGGCUAUGUAGCCCACUUGGCUGGCGCUUUAGCGGGAGUACUUGUGGGUAUCUGGGUCCUGAAGAACUUCAGACCCACCAAGAAGGAAACCUACCUUUGGUGGGUUGCUGUUUUUACAUUUUCAGUACUCAUGGGUGCUAUGAUCGUGCUGAAUUUUGUCUAUGAUACGUGGUUAAGGAAAUAGAAUUAAGGAAGCACAGGAAGAGGCACUGACUCAUGAUUUUCAGGAGAGUAAUUUUACUACCGACAUGUGUAUUUGCUGCUUUGAUUUUUUCUUGGACAUUUUUUUCUCUGAUGCAACUCAAUAUUGUUGGAUGUGCCUGAGAGCAAAACGUAUAUAUGUUCAAACUUCAUAAUUUAUUUACAACACUGUCUAACUACGUUGUACGUUUAUUUUCAGAGUUUUUGAUAUGUUUUCUAUGGAAACUGUGCCUUGAUCGUAAGGCUACUGAGGGCUGAAUAACCAUCCAUCUGCACCAAUUCAUAAAAAAAAAUGUUUUUUUGCAAUUCCAAAUUGACAUGUAUUGCUAAAAUGCGUACCUAUAUGCUAAUUUUAUCAAAAUGAUAAUAUGAAUGUCGGUGAAUAUUAAGAUUUAUCAAAUUUUCUCAAAUACGUCCUUAAGGUACGCGCAAUAUAUAUCUUUGUAAUGAGGUCUUUGAUAUAACUACUCUUUGAUGAUGUCAUUUGUAAACGGAGAUAUAGACUAAGUUCACGUGGACUUGAGAUUUCACUUUUUUAAAGGAAUUGAUAUAAAGAAAUAUGAAUAAAACGUUAUCACUAAUGCAGCUCCAUUGUAUCGUAUUAUCGUACAUAUCGAUGACUGUGAUCUAAUUUUUAAUUAUAUAAUUUAUUAAGUAAAGCAGUGUUGUGACUGAUAUUUUUUCAAGUUCGUAUAUACAUAUAUUAAGU